AGCCUUCUAAUCUUUCCACCUCAUCCAAGUUGUAGCUCACCACCCUCAGCCCGUAGGGGUAGGGCUUGGCUGAAUGGGCGGGCGGAAGCUGCCUAUUGGGCCUAAAUUGCCCGGAUGAUUAGCCCCUUGACCCGGGUCGCGGUUCGGUUAUCCCAAAAUCAGGCCUCCGGGGAUGAAAUGUCGGCGUUUCGGAGGGAAAGGAGAGGAAGACAUGGGAGCUCUGAGCAAGCUAAGCCAAUGGAGGACGCUAGCAAGAGAAGCAGCCGAACGAACAGCCAUUCUCGCCAAGUUCCUCUGCAUCCUCCACGUCACCAACACCUACAUUUGUACCCCUACUCUCGUGUACGGUCCGAGCAUGCUCCCGACGUUCAAUCUGACGGGUGACGUGCUGUUGGUAGAGAACCUGACGGUGCGGAUGGGGAAGGUGCGACCGGGAGACGUAGUUCUGGUUCGAUCACCUGAAAACCCUAGAAAGACUGUGAGCAAGCGCAUUUUGGGAAUGGAAGGUGAUAGGGUCACUUUCAUGAUCGAUCCCAAGAACAGUAACAGAUGUCAAUCCGUCGUGAUUCCAAAGGGGCAUGUCUGGAUUCAGGGGGAUAAUAUUUAUGCUUCUCAUGAUUCACGGAAUUUUGGGCCUGUUCCCUACGGCCUUAUUCAAGGCAAAGUUUUCUUCAGGGUAUGGCCACUUAACGGCUUUGGAUCAUUGAGGCAAUGAGAAUGGUGAAGAUUUAGUUUAAGGUUGGUGUUUCCCUAACCAUGUCCAAAAUUAACAUGUUGAACACACCAACUUGGAGGUUGGAUGGAUUGGAUUUACCCAAAUUGCUACCUUACUAAACAAUGUAGAUGCGGAGUCAAAAAGUAAAGGUACCCAUGUUUAACAUUAUAUCAGGGGAAAAAAAAAACCCUGCAAGAAGAACUUUCUUUUAUUUCUGAUCUAAAUUGCGGAGAAUACAAGAAAGCUACAUAUCAUGAGCAUGGUGAUGGUUUGUAACAAGUUUCCAGCUCAGAUAUUAGCAUAUUAUAACAAUUUAACAAGAUAAACAGCAACAAAAACAAUCAGCUUAAUGCAUUAUAUAAAAUUUCAAAUACUAAUAGUGGGGCUCA